AAAACCCUAAUAUAUAUAAUAUAUAUUCUUCAUGGCUCCUUAUAUUUUCUCCAUCUCCACCGAACCCUAAGGCUUAAACCAUUUCUUCCAAAACUUUCAUUUCCGAUCAACACCAAAAUCAUCAAUGGCAGUGAAACCUACAAAAGCUGAGAAGAAGCAGAAUUACGAUGCUAAACUCUGCCAACUUCUCGAUGAAUUCAACCAAAUCCUUGUUGUUAAUGCUGACAAUGUUGGAUCAAAUCAGUUACAGAGUAUUCGUAGAGGUUUACGUGGUGACUCCAUUGUUCUCAUGGGGAAGAAUACCAUGAUGAAACGUUCUGUUCGUAUUCAUGCUGAGAAAACCGGAAACAAUGCUUUUCUUAACCUCAUUCCUCUUCUUGUUGGAAAUGUAGGUUUGAUUUUCACAAAAGGUGACUUGAAGGAAGUUAGUGAAGAGGUUGCUAAGUACAAGGUUGGAGCUCCUGCUCGUGUUGGUUUGGUUGCUCCAAUUGAUGUGGUUGUUCAACCGGGCAACACAGGGCUCGACCCCUCUCAGACCUCUUUUUUCCAGGUGCUCAAUAUCCCAACCAAGAUUAACAAGGGUACUGUUGAAAUCAUUACCCCUGUGGAACUUAUUAAGAAAGGAGACAAGGUUGGAUCUUCUGAAGCUGCAUUGCUAUCCAAGUUAGCCAUUAGGCCCUUUUCAUACGGGCUCGUUGUCCUCUCUGUUUACGAUAAUGGUUCAGUGUUUAGCCCCGAGGUUCUUGACCUUACUGACGAUGACCUUGUUGCGAAGUUUGCUAGUGGUGUGUCAAUGGUUGCUUCACUUUCAUUGGCCAUCUCCUACCCAACACUUGCAGCUGCCCCUCAUAUGUUUGUCAAUGCAUACAAGAAUGUUCUUGCACUGGCUGUUGUUACAGAAUAUUCUUUCCCUGAGGCAGAUAAGGUUAAGGAGUACCUCAAGGACCCAAGUAAAUUUGCCGUAGCUGCAGUUGCUGCACCAGCUGCUGCUGCUUCUGGUGGUGCCCCUGCUGCUGCCAAGGAGGAGGCAAAGAAGGAAGAGCCCGAAGAAGAGUCCGAUGACGACAUUGGAAUGGGUCUGUUUGGUGAUGAUUAGAUCCUUUGAUUUUGCUAUAAGUGGAGUUCUAUUUUGCGUUAUUAGAUUUAAGAUGAAAUUGUCUUUUGUUCAUUCUAAGUGCUACUGCUACUCUAGUUUGUUGUUUUUCCUUUCGUAUUACAUUUUGACUCUAUCAAAACUCCUAGUUAUAAUUUUUUAUGGAUUAGUAACUACUAUGUGUCUUUCAUGGUUUUCAACUU